UUUACCUAAAUCGAUUUUUCUCUCUGAUUGCGCAUGUUGCAGAUACAACUUCGGACGAGUAACUGGGGUUUUCGGCGACAUAAGAAAAUUCAUGUGAAUGCUGUCAGGUCCGUCAAUCAAUGCCAUCGUCUAUAAUGAGUCAAGGAAAUCUUCCGAUUCAACCGAAGAACAAAUAUCCAAGAAAUUCCUUUCUGUCGCGUGACAACAAUUGCAAAGAGCGAAGUCAUAAGCGUGCUGACGAAACAGUUGUGUCUGGCGGAGUCUCAAAUGCGAAAAAUACAAUCCACCAUGUCGAAAGCUGAGGAAGGAUUACGAACCAAAGAUCAGGAAAUCGCACGCUUAAAGCGGAAGGUAAAAGAAUGGGAAAAUAAACACAAAAGUCAAGAGCUGUUGCAUAAGAAAGAGCAACGAAUUCAGGCUAGCAAUUCCGAGUAUUUCUAUCAACGAUGUCUUACGCUGGAACACAAGAUCUUCGAGAUGGAGAAAUUCUUGGCUGAUUACGGUCUGGUAUGGGUGGGCAAUAAAAAAGAUCAGAUGGAUACCGAUAAUGUUAGCAAGUAAUUGGAACAAGCAUUAUAUCGACUUGAUGCGGAAGUAAUCCACCGAUUUAAUUGUCAGUAAACCUGUUGCAGUAAUUAUAUCGACAUUUGUUACGAUCAGCUGGUUGCUAAUAUCGAUCAGCUAAACCUGACCGCGCGAAAGGGCGAAGUUCACAUUCAACAUAAUGAGAAAGGAGGAGGGGCAACUUUCAAAGUAACGUUUUGCAGUUUUCUAAUACU